CCUCUUCCACUUGCCGUCGCCGUCAUCCCGCCCGCCGCCUGCCACUGUAUAUUCAUCUCUCUCUCUAUUUCCGCACGCCGAACUUCAUCCUUAUCAUUACCAUCGCUUUGUUCAGUUUUGAGAUUGCGGAUUAUCCGAUCCGAAGCUUCCAGACUGCACUUGAUCUGAUCAGAUGUUAAGGUAAAAGGAAGGCAAACCGAUAGCACUAAGGAUGAAGGGAGGUUUGAAGGUUUCACAGAUCUCUCUCAUCCUUAUUGGUUUCAUAUGCAUAACUGUUUUGACUUUGGCUUUUGUGAGAAGUCCAUUUCUCUCUUCUUGGAUACCCCCCCAGAAUAACGUCUUACGCCCAUCACCAGGGGUAGAGCUGGGAACAAAAUACGGAGCAGAUCGAGGAAAAGGAAAUACUUCAGUGCAACCAAGUCAAGUUGUAAGCUCUGUAUCGCUAGAAAGUUCUAUCAGCACAAGCUCUUCAUCAGAGAGAAAGAGCACAGAGGAGUUGAUUGCUCAUGUUGAUGUGGAAGAAGAUGGUCAUGUUAGAGACACUAAAGAAGCAGAUAGAACACAAGUUUCAGGAGGAAAGAACAAUUCAAAUGAAGAAAAAAACAUCAAUGCUGCAUUGCAUUCUCUUAGCACAGAGAAUUACAUUAAAGGACAACCUAAAGACAAUUUGACAACCCAUUCAGGACAAAGAGACUGUAAUCUUGCCAUAGGUAAAUGGGUCAUGGAUGACAGUCGCCCUUUAUAUUCCGGGCAUGCAUGUAAACAAUGGUUGUCAUCUAUGUGGGCUUGCCGCUUGACACAACGCACAGAUUUUGAAUAUGAAAAAUUACGCUGGAAGCCUCAUGACUGUGAUAUGGAAGAUUUCACAGCUUCUAAAUUCCUUAAAAGGAUGGAGAACAAGACUUUGGCCUUCGUAGGGGAUUCAUUGGGCAGACAACAAUUCCAAUCACUAAUGUGCAUGAUAACGGGCGGUGAAGAGAGAUCGGAUGUCCUUAAUGUGGGCCAUGAAUAUGGACUCGUGAAGGCCCGUGGGGCAGUACGGCCUGAUGGAUGGGCUUACCGGUUCCCAGCCACUAACACCACCAUCCUUUACUACUGGUCCGCAAGCCUUUGCGACUUAACACCCAUCAACUCCUCAGACCCAUCAACCCAAUACGCCAUGCACCUUGACCGCCCUCCCGCAUUCUUGGCCCGUUUCAUUCCCAGAUUCCACGUUCUCGUUCUCAACACAGGGCACCAUUGGAACAGGGGAAAGCUCAACGCCAACCGGUGGGUCAUGUAUGUGGGUGGGACCCCCAACACCAACAGGAAGAUAUCAGACAUCGCUGGCGCCAAGAAUUUCACUAUUCACAGCAUCGUCAAGUGGGUGAACUCGCAGCUGGGCAAAUAUCCAGACCUGAAAGCGUUUUACAGGUCGAUAUCCCCCAGGCAUUUCUUCAACGGGGAUUGGAACACCGGGGGUACAUGUGACACCACCACCCCACGUUCCGGGCUGGAAGUCUCAGCCAACAAAUCGGGUGAUUCCUUUGCAGAAGGGGCAGUGAGAGGGACAGGUGUCAAACUUUUGGACAUUACGGCCGUUUCUGAGGUGAGAGACGAAGGCCACAUAUCGCGCUACAGUGUCAAAGCGACGUCCGGGGUGCAGGAUUGCUUGCAUUGGUGCUUACCGGGCGUUCCCGACACUUGGAAUGAAAUGCUUUUUGCUCAAAUUUUAGAUGGGUAGGAAAUAGUAUUACACAAGAGUUGUGCAGUGAUUCAAGUGAAGAAGCAAAAAUAGUACUAGUGUUUACUUGGGAGGCCUUUUCUCCUUGUAAAUUAUUAUUACAGCAUCAUUUUUUCUUCAGAUCAAUGCCCAGUGAAGCUUGAGUAAAGAUCACCCUAGUAGAAACACUUCAAAAAUCAAUAUCUCCCCUGGGAAAAAAAUCUUGUUUUAAACAUUUGUUUUUGUUCCAAAAAGAGUUCAGUUUGAUCAAAUAAAGAAAUUUUCCUAUUAUGACCACCAAAACUAUACUACAAUGCUACAACCUUGCAUUUUUCUAAUCUAUAAUUGACAGUAACAGCUAACAUUUUCAGUUCCAAAAUCAGACAUUUCUAAAAUAAUUCAUGAUAGAAAUAAUUAAUAAACACGAAUCAACGAUGCCUACUUGAGACAAAAAAAACAAAUGCAUCUGUUGUAGAAAGCUUCGCGUCCAAAAAUUAAGGCGGCAAACCCUACAAGUGAGGGACGCCGGGAUGCGUUUGUAGAGAGAACCCUUAACCUUGGACAAACUUUUCAACCACUUUACAGUGCUCUUUUUACUGCGGCACCGUGUAGCAGUUGUUGCCGAGUCCAUCUGUGGGGCU